AUGACGUCCUGGCUUGUAUUCCAACCAACGAUAGAUGUCGAGAUUCGCCUGGAGGGAGAGGAGGAACGGAAGUCGGUAGAAGUCAAGGUGGACAAAGACAAGAAGGAAAGAUGUCCGGUCUAUUUGGACGGGGAAGGCGUAACUGGCCAGGUUAUCAUCCGAGUUCGCGAGGGAAAAGGCGUUAAACAUGAAGGUGUUAAAGUCGAAUUCGUUGGCUCGAUAGAAUUAUUUUAUGAUCGUGGGAACCAUUUUGAGUUUCAUACUCUCAGCCAGGAACUAGCCUCUCCCGGAGAAUUGAAAGCGAUACAGACCUACGAUUUUUCCUUCAAGAACGUCGAGAAGCAGUACGAGUCGUAUCAAGGUAUUAACGUGAAGCUACGCUAUUUCAUCCGGGUCACUGUUGCUCGCAGGAUGGCUGAUGUGCUCAAGGAACGUGAUUUGUGGGUCCACUCAUACCGGAUGCCACCAGAGAGUAAUAAUUCGAUUAAGAUGGAAGUAGGGAUCGAAGAUUGUCUCCAUAUCGAGUUCGAGUAUAACAAGUCACGGUACCACCUCAAAGAUGUAAUUGUUGGCAAAAUUUACUUCCUUUUGGUCCGGAUCAAAAUCAAACAUAUGGAGCUCUCGAUUAUCCGUCGCGAGACCACCGGAGCUGCUCCGAACCAAUACAAUGAGUCGGAGACGAUCACGAAGUUUGAGAUCAUGGACGGCGCACCCGUCCGAGGCGAGACGAUCCCCAUCCGACUCUUCCUCGGCGGCUUUGAUCUGACACCGACUUUUAGAGACGUCAACAAAAAAUUCUCGACUCGUUAUUAUCUCAACUUGGUCCUAAUUGAUGAAGAAAAUCGGAGGUACUUCAAGCAACAGGAGAUCACGAUCUUUCGUCUACCCGAAAAUUGA